AUGAGUGGGACACAAAACAGUACAAGCUCGAAGACUUUACCUGCUUUGCAUGGUGUUAAAAUCAAGACUAAGAAGAGUGUGCAAAAAGCACAAGCCAAGUACGAACCAACUGUAUUCAGAGAUAAUAUUUUAAAGGCUUUAACUGCUGCCAAACCUGGCGACUUUGAGGACAUUGCUCAACAGUUAGACCGUGCUGGAAACGACCUUGAAUAUCACAAAUACGGCGAAACUUUAUUUGAAAUUCUCUUGACAGGUGGUAUAUUAGCGCCUGGAGGAAUCAUCAGUCAGGAUGGAGCCCCACGCAGUCCAUUUUCAAUCUUCGCUGCAGAAGAUAAUACCGAGACUAUCAAGAAACACGUCGAAGUUUUCGAUAAGCUUAUCCGUCGUUAUAGAUACUUGCAGCACAUCUUUGAAGAUACCUUGAGGAACUUGCUUCAAUAUAUUAACAAAUGGAGCACUGAAGAAAUCAACAAGUUAGCCACUGCAAUAGGCUUGCUUACAUCAGGGGGAUUGGCCAAUGUCAAUGUUUUGACUGUUUUGUUCAAAGAACAUUUAGUCAAAGAAGGCCUUUCUCUACAGUUUGUCACGUCUGUCUUCAAGGCGUACCUGAAUGAACAAAGUAUUGAUCAUUUAGGUUCAUCACUGGAAAGAGCCGGUAUCCAUAAGAAACUUAUGGAAUUCUUCCCACCAAACAAGCGCGAUGAGGAAUACUUUGCUCGAUAUUUUGAGGCUGAAGAUAUGAAACAACUUGUCGAAUAUCACAAUAAGAAACAAAAGGCAGCAAUGAAAGAUCAAACUAUCGAACAUGUGAAAGAGCUGUUAGAUGGGGAAAGCACUCCGGCAGAGGUUAUUACUUACCUAAGACAUCAGAUGAAGGAAAGCCGUUGGCAGGAAGCAGAUUUUGCGCAGAUUGUCUGGGAAGCCCUCAUUGGGGCAGUCGACUGGAGUUCAAGGCCAGAACAGAUUGAGAGUCAAGCUUUGCGGCAAGUCAAGGACUGGUCAAAAGUUCUUGCCGCGUUCUGUACAAACCCGAAGACAGAGCUUGCACUCCUUCAAAAGGUUCAAGUUUAUUGUUACGAAGAUGCUAAAUUGAUGAAGCAUUUUCGUCAAAUUGUUCAGAUUUUGUACAAUAGUGAUGUUAUUUCUGAGAGUGCUAUCUUGUAUUGGGCAGAAAAAGGAGCCAAGAAUCAAGGAAAGACUGUCUUCUUGAAGCAGAUGGAGCCAUUUAUCCAUUGGCUGAAGACCGUUGAGAGCGAAUCUGAGGAAGAGUAA